UGGAUGCUGACAAAAUAUAUAAUAUCAACUGGUUGGCAACAGAUGCAUUUUGCACUUUAUCAUAUUGUAAUUAAAGAUUGAGGAAUGGCUGAAAAUGCUACUGCAUCGAAUACAGAGGAAAAAGCAGCUUCCUCAGCUAUGACACAGUGUUAUGAAAAUUAUAUCAUAGUUGAUGUCGGUGCCAACCUCACGAAUAAAAAAUAUUGCAGAGAUUUAGAUAGUGUAGUUCAGAGAGCAAAAGAUGCCGGUGUACAGAAAAUUAUGGUAACAGGUGCAAGUAUUCGGUCUAGUAAAGAAGCAUUAAGAUUAACUCGAAUAUAUCCUGGUACCCUUUAUUCUACUGCUGGUGUACAUCCUCAUGAUGCAAAGUCAUGGGAAAAUCCAGACACUUCGCAUGAACUCGAGAGUAUAGCUAGAAAUCCAGAAUGUGUAGCAAUAGGAGAAUGUGGUUUAGAUUACAGUCGUGACUUUUCUGAUCCGGAAACACAACGUGCUGUGUUCCAUAAACAAGUAAAACUUGCAUGUCUAUUAAACAAACCAUUAAUAAUACAUGAAAGAGGAGCUCAGGCAGAUGUCUUAGAAGUUCUAAAGCAUUAUGAGAAUUGUUUACCACCAAUUUUAAUUCAUUCAUUUAUUGGAACUGCAGAAGAAGCACAAUUGUAUUUAAAUAAUGGUUUUUAUUUAGGAAUCACGGGAUAUUUGUGUAAAGAUAAAUCCGAUAGUGGAAUAAGGCAAUUACUCGAAAGAGGACUCGCACCUCUAGAUAGAAUAUUAGUAGAAACAGAUGCUCCAUUCAUGUAUCCUAAUACUAGAGCCAGUAAGCUACCUGUACAUGUUAAAGAUGCUCUCACCGAACGAUCUAUGACGUUUCUUCAUCGUUAUUGUACUUUUCAACGUAAUGAACCAUGUGCCUUACCAGCAAUAGUGGAAAUGGUAGCAGCAUUCAUGCAAAUCACACCAGAAGAAGUUGCCGUAGCUACUGCUUUCAAUGCUUUAAAAUUGUUUGGCUUAAACCAGUGA